GUGUUCGGAUCGUUCUUCUGUGCCAAGCACGCCGCAAGACUAAUGUUUCCGGCGAAGAGAUGUUCUAUUUUGUUCACGACAAGUGUUGCUUCAGUGAUUGGGAUUGGAGAACUUAUGUGCGGAGUUGGGGAAGUAUGGGAUUCGGGUCAGUGUGUAUCUCCAUUUGAGUUUGAGACGCCGUUUUUGAGGAAGAAUAUGGGGGAAGGAGAGGGCGGAGGAGGUGCUGGCGCUGGCGGCGAAUUUAGAAGAGGCGCAAAGACGAACAAGUCAACAACGAUUAAAAUUGGAGAAGCAAAACACUGGUCUUCAUUGAGGAUGAUAUUCCCUCCAAUAUUUGACGAACAUGAGUUCUAAUUCUGUGGCCAGUCCUGCCCCGAAAAGGCUUGAAGGGAAGGUUGCAAUUAUUACCGGUGGAGCUAGCGGAAUUGGGGAGAGCACAGUCAGACUGUUUGUCCAACAUGGUGCCAAAGUCUUGAUUGCAGACAUUCAAGAUGAGCUUGGCAACUCCCUUUGCCAAGAACUCAAUUCCCCAGAAACAAUCACAUACGUCCAUUGCGACGUCACAUCUGACACUGAUGUCAAGAACACUGUGGAUCUUGCGAUCUCUAGGUACGGAAAGCUGGACAUAAUGUUUUGUAAUGCUGGGAUCUCUGGCAUAUUAGAAUCAAGAGUUGUAGCUACAGAUAACGACGAUUUUAAGAGGGUGUUAGAUGUGAACCUGUUUGGUGCUUUUUUGGGUGCUAAACACGCUGCGAGAGUAAUGAUUCCGGCCCAGAAAGGAUCUAUUAUCCUCACAUCGAGUGUUGUUUCGGUGAGUGCAUCUGGUAUAGGGCACGCAUAUGUGGCAUCAAAACAUGCUGUGGUAGGGUUGACUAAGAAUUUAUGUGUGGAGCUAGGGAAGGAUGGGAUCCGGGUUAACUGUAUAUCUCCGUUUGCAGUAGCAACUCCAUUGAUGAGGUCAAUGGGGAUGAUGGAGAAGGGUAAGUUUGAGGAGGUGGUUUCUUCUGCAGCAAAUUUGAAAGGUGUGACUUUGGAAGCACGAGAUAUUGCAGAGGCUGCAUUGUAUAUGGCGAGUGAGGAAUCCAAGUAUGUGAGUGGAAUCAACCUGGUGGUUGAUGGAGGUUAUAGUACUACCAACCCUGCCCUUCAUAUGCAAUUAACCAGUUUGUUUUCUUGAAUUUUUUUUAACUCUCUUAUGUACAAUAAGCCUCAUUAAGAGGUAGUCCGUUGUUGGUUUUGUGGACUUUUGUGGCUUGUUAUUUCUCAAAAAGAAAAACUCAAUCCCAUAUGAAUACUUAAAAUAAUUGGUUCCAACUCGCA